AUGGGCUCCCACUGCUCCAGCCUGGAUGAUAUCUUGGAGGAGGACAUGCACCACUGGUACACCAAAUUCAUGCGAGAGUCUCCUUCAGGACUCAUCACGCUCUUUGAGCUCAAGACCAUGCUGGAAAUGACCAAUAUGACAGAGGAGGCCCACAGCUAUGUCGACCAAGUCUUCCUCACCUUUGACAUGGACGGGGUAAGAAAACAGAAAUCACCUCUGCUGCCCAGAAUUUACUUGAUUACCUCAGAAAUGUGGUCACUGUAGGGACACUCGCUUCAUGAAUAACCAUAAAUCUAAAUCCUUCAGAUCGGUCUUCUUGUCUUAAUGAGAAACUUUGCCAUGGUAAGAGAGUCCAGCUGUUGUAUUUCAAAUGGUUAACCAAGGAGAGAGUAACAUUUAAAAGGACUGCUGAGAGAUUACAGAGAUCUGUGGAUCUGUUUUAACAAGGAUCAACAGAGGCUAACCUCUUUCUGCUACGUGAGUCCUUAACUCUUUCACAAAUCUGAGAUCGAAGAGUCUUCAGUUGUACGUCAGGAGCACAUUUACAUUAUCUUUCAUUAUUACAGAGGAAUUGCACAACUUAUGUAGCCCUGGCAUGAUAGAAUAACACAACUCUAUGACUCCUAAACAUUUUGAUUGUUGGUUUAAAAUGUUUGCAUGCAUUCAGAUCUGUUUGCACGCAUCCUCUGACUGCUUCUUUCAUGUAUUUUUUGCAGGAUGGUUAUAUAGACUUUGUGGAAUACAUCGCAGGAAUAAGUCUUCUGCUGAAAGGAGAAAUUAACCAGAAGCUAAAGUGGUACUUUAAGCUCUUCGAUCAAGAUGGAAACGGGAAAAUUGACAAAGAAGAAAUGGAGACUAUAUUUAAGGUACGGUGAAAAUCUUCUGAAUCUGCGGUUAUUUGAGUUUCACAGAAACGAGGACAGGGCAGUUACCUGAAUCAUGAGGCUUAAGUCGGCGCUCUGCUCUGAAUGAGUACGAGGGGGUUUAGCUGGACGUGAACGAGACAUAACACUUAAUCCAGGGGGCUUCUUAUCUAACCCCUGGUCUAAAAUUGGCCUUGUGACCAUUUUCACUCAGGAAAGACGACGUACAAUAAUCACCUGCAGGUUACACAUAACAUUUAACCUUUUCACCUUUAUUACCUGAAGGUUCUUUCACUGCUCAGGACAGUAUUAAGUGUAGUAUGUGGUGUUUAAAGUGUCAUGUUAUCUAUUCAUUACAUACAUACUAAGUUAUAUAUGAGAUCCUGAACUCAGCAGCUGAACAGUAACUGUGUAAUCUCCUCGGUCAGGCUAUUCAAGACAUCACCAGAAGUUACGACAUCCCUCCAGAAGAGAUCGUAACCAUUGUUUAUGAGAAGAUCGACGUCAAUGGAGAAGGUAAUCAUUUAUUAUUGAUCCAAUCCUCAUUCUCAUCCUCAGCAUAAUGAGGUUUCUGAUAAUUAAAUAUGUAGGGUGUGAUUCUGAUGUUUGCCUCUUGUGUGUCCAGGUGAGCUGACGUUGGAGGAGUUCAUCAGUGGCGCCAGGGAUCAUCCCGACAUCAUGGAUAUGCUCGCUAAAAUGAUGGAUUUAACUAACGUCCUGGAAAUCAUUAUUAAAGGUCAACAGAAGAAAGUUGUGGCCUCGUAA